UGGUUGCACGGAAACAUUGACAACAACACUCAUGUGCAAUUCGCGGAAUUAACACGCAUUUCACCGGCGGUUUAGGAAUCAUCAAGUGGAUCACAGUCACUUUUCAACGUCAAAGGUUUUAGCCCACGAAGAGCACAAACACUGAGUUCUCUUCCCGUGGACGAUGCUUUGCCUGCGACUGUAGCAGGGACUUCAUAAUACCUGGGAUGAUGGCUGGUUUCUCUGACAACACCCGUCGGUCCGUGGUGUUGGACAGGAGGAAGGCUCUCACCCUCUCGUCUCCAGGACCGGAUAGACCUCCCUCCCGCCAGACGGAGAGUCCCUAUAAGAUUCCACACAGUUCAACAGAGAAUGGCUGCUCAAAGGUGCACUGGACCCAGAUUGCUAAAGGCUCCUGCCCCAAGACCUCGGUGCACCUGAAUGGCACCUCCUCCUCCAAUCACACGCAGGGCGGGGUCAGGCGAGAACUGCGGUUGGUUCUCAAAGAUGUCCUGAAGACUGAACAUGGGCGUCGCUACCUGCAACAGAGUGGGUGUGGCCAUUUGUCCGCAAGCCAAUCCCAGAAGAGCCGGAGAGAGAGCCAGACGCCAAGGCGGCAGCCCAAACCAGCCGAUAAUCGAAGGACGAGCGAUGAUCCCCCAGCCCAAGCCAGCCGAUCCCCAAAGGAGGCGUGAUGACGUGCACAUCAGACCAGCUGAUCUCCGUAAGAAGUAUGAGGAUCCGCAGCCCAAAACAGCCGAUCACCGAAGGAGGUCCGAGGAUUCGCAGCCCAAACCAGCCGAUCACCGAAGGAGACGUGAUGAUGAUGAUCCCCAGCCAACACAUGCCAGUUCAUCCAAGCUGAAAAUGGUCAAUUCUUUAAGGUCCAAACCAGCAGACUCAGAACAGCCCAAAGCAGUCAAUUCCUCCAGGUCAGAAUCCAAUCACUCACAACAGUCCAAGCCAGUCAAUAGCCCAUCGGAACCGGCUAGAUUGGACCCCACUAAGACUAGAACGCUGACCAGAACCCCGAGGUCUGUGAGUGUGUCAGAUCCAAAGCAGUCUCUUCCGAGACGCCCAGACCUGUUCAUUCAGUUAAACUCAAACCAGCUCUCUCAGAACGUCAAAGUCUCUCACGUUGUCGAGGAUAAACUCCCUGAUGCAGACACCUGAGGGGGCCCACCACAUCCGCACGCAUCCCUACAGCAGAGGACGCACGGCCGGAGGAGGGGAGUAGGAAGCGUAGCUAUGAGAACGGUACGGAGGUGCGUGUGGAGGAGCACAGGAACGGCGUGAUGCGGGAGGAAGAGUGUGUCGUGAGGAAGAGUGUGCUCCGUCUCUCGGGAGACAGCGGGGCCGACGAGCCGUCAAUCAAGUGCCCCCGACUCGUCAGCCCAGCUGAGGAGCAGCCAGCCAAUGAGGAGAGGCGCAGCUUGAUCAGAGCCGCCCCCCUCACACAUCAGCCAGUCAGAGCCCAUUGUGCUGUCCAGUGAGGAGGAGGAGGAGGAGGAGUGUGAUGAUGAAGAGGAGUCCCGUGCUCAGAACGGCGAUGACGAUGGUGGUGGUGGUGAUGCUGCUGCUGAUGAUGAUGAUGAUGAUGAUGAUGAUGGUGGUGAUGCUGCUGAUGGUGGUGGUGAGGAAGAUGAUGAAGAUGAUGGUGGUGGUGAGGAAGAUGAAGAGGACAGUGCUAUUCCAGGGCCUUCCACUAGACAAGGACACACACGCAGCUCACAGUGUAUGGACACACUCACAGAGGCGGCUGGUAUGAAUGGAGUGGACAUGACGCAUCUGCCCUCAGUGUUUGAGCUGCCCUUCUCCUCCCUCCACAUGGGCGGAGUCACCGCGCUGGCCUGCGGGAAGAUAGAGAUCACAGAAGAGAGGAUCACAUUCCCACUGCUGGACUCCUUGGGAGAGGGCAUCACCAUUGACAUGGAGACCUCCCAGCUCUGCACCUACAGCCUGUUGGACGGACAGGAGCUCCAGAGCAAAGGAUUGGUCAAGCAGGGGGAAGACCCGCCCUCCUCUGUGCUCCUGCUGUGGGUGUCUGAGGAACAGGCUCAGCAGUUGCGCACUGACCUGUCAAUCAUCCUGCUUGGGACAUGCCCAGACGAGGACAGCGCGUGUGUGUGUCUGUACCUGCACGAGUGUGUGUUGCGUGUGGAGCAGGCGCUGCUGGCCUCGGUGAUGGACAUCGUGGGGCUGCGCCAUGGCAACCAGCAGCUGUUGUCGCCGCUGAAGGCGGACGAGUCGCUCCUGGCGCUACGCACGGCCGGGGACACACACCUGCUGCGCCUGCUCGCGCCGCAACACGCCGCCCACACACACACACACACACACACACACACACACACACACACACGCUCGCCCACACACACGCCGCCCGCCGCGCAGGACGAGGCGCAGGCCUCCGCAGCCACGCAGACGGAGUCCAUCUACACUCUGCUGCACAGUCGUCAUCAGGGGAGGUAUUCUGUUCGCGUCACCAAGCCAGGUCCAGAGUGGGUCCCAUACAAACACCGUGGGCCGACACGCAGGUUGAUCCAGUUCCCCCCGCCACCCUGUAAAGGGUCCAUCGCCGUGACAACAGAAGACUUAGAAUGUUUGGACAGCGGACAGUUCCUCAAUGAUGUCAUUAUCGACUUCUACCUCAAGUACCUCCUGGCUGAGAAGACUCCUAAGGACUUGCAGGAGAGGUGCCAUGUCUUCAGUAGUUUCUUCUACAAGCAGCUCACACGGCGAGACAAUGCCAAUGAAGACAGCACCAGCACAACAGCUGAACAUAGACGGCACCAGCGUGUGAAGACCUGGACGCGGAAUGUGGACAUCUUCAAAAAAGACUUCCUGUUUGUGCCUGUCAAUCAAGAGUCUCACUGGUACCUGGUGGUGGUGUGCUACCCUGGCCUGGAGGACCCGCGCUACGAGCCCUUCGAUGGCCCAGCGGUGGUGAGGGAGAGUGGGGAGCAGAGCUCAGGCGAGCCCCAGGCUCAGCCACAACUCCAGGCCCAGGAGGCCGCAACAGACACUCCUGCCUCCAGUGACGCCGACAAAGAAACAAAUCCCACAGAAGACUCCACUCCUCCUCUUCCUCCAGACUGCACUGAGAAGACCUGUAAAAAAUCAACCAUUUGUAAAAGGCCCUGCAUCCUUAUCAUGGACUCUCUGAAACUGUCAAUCCACAAGCGCGUCGUCAAGCUUUUACGAGAGUACCUCCAGGUGGAGUGGGAGGUGCGGAGAGGAGCGAGUCGAGACUUCAGCCCAGAGGUGAUGCUGGGCUCCAGCUGCAAAGUCCCCCUACAGGACAACAGCAGCGACUGCGGCCUCUAUCUGCUCCACUACGCAGAGACCUUCCUAAAGGACCCAGUUGUGCACUUCGAGCUCCCGCUGCGAUUGGAGCGCUGGUUUCCACGGCAGCAGGUGCGGCGGAAACGGGACGAGAUCCGGAACCUGGUGCUGCGCCUGUGCCGCUUCCAGUCGGGCAUGAUGGGAAAUGUAGUCCCGCGGGGAACUCCAGCCUCCCACUAAGGAGCCAGCAGAAAGGCCUCUCCCUGUGCCGGACCCGGCCCACAGCCGGCCCACACCCCAGCCGGAGCCCCCUGCUCCCUGCUACCUGUGCCAGUAUUUCUGACAAGUGUUUGUUGUGCCACUGGCGCUCGGACUGACCACGCCCACCAGGCCUGGAUAUGGACAGUGCUGACCUCUGGAUUGGUCGGCUCACUAGAUCAUCUGGACAGUGUUGACCUCUGGAUUGGUCCGCCCACUGGAUCAUCUGGACAUUGUUGACCUCUGGAUUGGUCGGCUCACUAGAUCAUCUGGACAUUGUUGACCUCUGGAUUGGUCCGCCCACUGGGAUCAUCUGGACAUUGUUGACCUCUGAUUGGUUGGCCCACUAGAUCAUGUUGACAGUGUUGUCCUGUGAUUGGUCGGCUCACUAGAUGGAUCCAGGCCGUGUGGGUUUCAGCCGUGUGUGUGUUUUUUAUUCCCAGAGGAGAUUUUAUGAAGCCAUUUUACUCUGUACAUGAUGAAGUCAAGAAGCUUUUAAAUGUCUUUAAGCUGUAAUAAAUUUUUUAGAUGAACAUGUA